GCCGCGGGAACAGCGCUUGCGGAUGAUGUGGGGCGGCGGUCGCCUGGCGGGUGCUGGGGGUGACGGGGCGGUCGUGACCGUAGCCUUCACCAACGCUCGCGACUGCUUCCUCCAUUUGCCGCGGCGCCUCGUGGCCCAGCUGCAUCUGCUGCAGAAUCAAGCUAUAGAAGUAUCCUGGGGUCACGAGCCUGCAUUCUUGAGCUGGGUGGAAGGUAGACAUUUUAGUGAUCAAGGUGAAAAUGUGGCUGAAAUUAGCAGACAAUUUGGUCAGAAACUUGGACUUUCAAAUGGGGAACAGGUGUUUCUCAAGCCUUGUUCCCAUGUGGUGUCUUGUCAACAAGUUGAGGUGGAACCCCUCUCAGCAGAUGAUUGGGAGAUACUGGAGCUGCAUGCUGCUUCCCUUGAACAGAAUCUUCUAGAUCAAAUUCGAAUAGUUUUUCCAAAUGCCAUUUUUCCUGUUUGGGUUGAUCAGCAAGCUUACAUAUUUAUCCGGAUUGUUGCACUAAUACCAGCUGCUCCUUAUGGAAGGCUGGAAACUGAUAGCAAACUCCUUAUUCAGCCAAAGACCCAUGAAGCCAAAGAGAAUACAUUUUCAAAAGCAGAUAAUGCACAUGGAAAAUUUCAUAAUUAUGGAGAAGACCAAAAAGGAUUGACAAGAGAACUUCAAACCAAGCAACUUCAAUCAAAUACUGUAGGAGUCACUGGGUCGAAAGAAACAGAUUCAGAGGAUACAAUUGACUCAUCAUUAAUACCAAGCUUAUGGACUGUGAUAGGAAGCAUUUUUUCUUUUGGGUCUGAGAAGAAACAAGACACAUCCUGGGGGUUAACUGAAAUCAAUGCAUUCAAAAAUAUGCAGUCAAAAGUUGUUCCUCUGGAUAAUAUUUUCAGAGUAUGUAAAUCUCAGCCUCCCAGCAUAUGUAAUGCAUCAGCAACUUCUCUGUUUCACAAACAUUAUACCAUUCAUGUAUUUCCAUGGGACCAGGAAUAUUUUGAUGUGGAGCCCAGCUUUACUGUGACCUAUGGAAAGCUAGUUAAACUACUUUCUCCAAAGCAACAGCAAAGUAAAAUGAAGCAAAAUGUCCUGUCACCUGAAAAAGAGAAGCAGAUGUCAGAACCACUAGAUCAAAAACAGAGUAGCCCAGACCAUAGUCAAGAAGGUGGCAAUGCCUGUGUGCUAAAGGUAGUCUGGAAUGGACUUGAGGAAUUGGAGAAUGCCAUUAAAUACACCAAAAACUUAGAAGCUCUUCAUCUUGGGAAAGUUUGGAUCCCAGAUGACCUGAGAAAGAGACUAAAUAUAGAAAUGCAUGCAGUAGUCAGAAUAACUCCAGUGGAAAUUACCCCUAAAAUUCCAAGAUUUCUGAAAUUACAACCUAGAGAAAACUUACUUAAAGACAUAAGUGAAGAAGACAUAAAAACUGUGUUCUAUUCAUGGCUACAGCAGUCUACUACUACCACACUUCCUCUGAUAGUAUCAGAGGAAGAAUAUAUUAAGUUGGAAAUGAAAGAUGGGUUGAAGGAGUUUUCUCUGAAUAUAGUUCAUUCUUGGGAAAAGGAAAAAGAAGAAACUCUUUUUCUGUUGAGUACCAAUCUGCUACAGAAGAUGACAAUACAAGUCCUUCUGGAUCCUAUGGUAAAAGAAGAAAACAGUGAGGAGAUUGACUUUAUUCUUCCUUUUUUAAAGCUGAACUGCUUGGGAGGAGUGAACUCCUUAGGCGUCUCCUCCAUGGAGCACAUCACUCAUAGCCUCCUAGGACGCCCUUUGUCUCGGCAGCUGAUGGCCCUUGUGGCAGGACUUAGAAACGGAGCCCUUUUACUCACGGGAGGAAAGGGGAGUGGAAAAUCAACUUUAGCGAAGGCAGUCUGUAAAGAAGCAUUUAACUUAUUGGAUGCCCAUGUGGAAAUAGUUGACUGUAAAGCUUUACGAGGAAAAAGGCUUGAAAACAUACAGAAAGCCCUAGAGGCAGCUUUCUCAGAGGCGGUGUGGCGGCAGCCUUCUGUUGUCCUGUUGGAUGACCUGGAUCUCGUUGUUGGCCUGCCUGCUCUUCCAGAACACGAGCACAGUCCUGAGGCUGUGCAGAGCCGGAGGCUCGCACAUGCUUUGAACGAUGUGGUGAAAGAGUUUAUUUCCAUGGGAAGUUUGGUGGCACUGAUUGCUACAAGCCAGUCUCAACAUUCUCUACAUCCUUUACUUGUUUCUGCUCAAGGAGUUCACAUAUUUCAGUGUGUCCAGCAUAUUCAACCUCCCGACCAGGAUCAAAGAUGUGAAAUUCUGUAUAAUGUAAUAAAAAAUAAACUAGACUGUGAUAUGAGCAAGUUCACUGAUCUUGAUCUGCAGUGUAUAGCAAAAGAAACUGAAGGGUUUGUGGCUAGAGAUUUCACAGUGCUUAUGGAUCGAGCCAUACAUUCUUGUCUCUCUCAUCAGAGUAUAUCCACCAGGGAAGAAUUAGUUUUAACAACAUUGGACUUGCGAAAGGCUCUCCAAGGAUUUAUUCCUGUGUCUCUGCGAAAUGUCGACCUGCAUAACCCUAGGGACCUGGGCUGGGAUAAGAUUGGCGGAUUACAUGAAGUUCGGCAGAUACUUGUGGACACUAUCCAGUUACCAGCCAAGUACCCAGAAUUAUUUGCAAACUUGCCCAUACGACAAAGGACAGGAGUGCUGUUGUAUGGUCCUCCUGGAACAGGAAAAACCUUACUAGCUGGAGUAAUUGCACGAGAGAGUGGAAUGAAUUUUAUUAGUGUCAAGGGACCAGAGUUACUCAGCAAAUAUAUUGGAGCAAGUGAACAAGCUGUACGGGAUAUUUUUAUUAGAGCACAGGCUGCAAAGCCCUGCAUCCUUUUCUUUGAUGAAUUUGAAUCUAUUGCACCUCGACGAGGCCACGAUAAUACAGGAGUUACAGAUCGUGUAGUUAACCAGUUGCUGACUCAGUUGGAUGGAGUAGAAGGCUUACAGGGUGUUUAUGUAUUGGCUGCCACUAGUCGCCCUGACUUGAUUGACCCUGCCCUGCUCAGGCCUGGCCGACUAGAUAAAUGUGUAUACUGUCCUCCUCCUGAUCAGGUGUCACGUCUUGAAAUUUUAAACGUUCUCAGUGACUCUCUACCUCUGGCAGAUGAUGUGGACCUUCAGAACGUGGCAUCAGUAACCAGCUCCUUUACGGGAGCUGAUCUGAAAGCUUUACUUUACAAUGCCCAGUUAGAGGCCUUACAUGGAAGGCUGCUGUCCUGUGGGCUGCAGGAUGGAGGUUCCAGCUCUGAUAGUGACCUGAGUCUGUCUUCAAUGGUUUUUCUUAACCACAGCAGUGGCUCUGAUGAUUCAGCUGGAGAUGGAGAAUGUGGCUUAGAGCAGUCCCUUGUUUCUCUAGAGAUGUCUGAGGUGCUUCCAGAUGAAUCAAAAUUCAAUAUGUACCGGCUCUACUUUGGAAGCUCUUAUGAAUCAGAACUUGGAAACGGAACCUCUUCUGAUUUGAGCUCACAAUGCCUGUCAGCACCAAGCUCCAUGACUCGGGAUUUUCCUGGAGUUCCUGGGAAAGAUCAGUCCUCACAACCCCCAGUCUUCAGAACAGCCUCACAAGAGGGUUAUCAAGAGCUCACACAGGAACAAAGAGAUCAACUGCGGGCAGAUAUCAGUAUUAUCAAAGGCAGAUACCAAAGCCAAAUUGGAGAGGAUGAUGCCCUUAACCAAGCAGGCCCCAUCAGAACCAGUCUGGCUAUUAGUCAGUCACAUUUAAUGACUGCGCUCAGUCACACAAGGCCAUCCAUCAGUGAAGAUGACUGGAAGAACUUUGCUGAGCUAGAACUGGGUUGCAGCCUGAAUGCAAUCAAGGGGCUGACCCACCUGUCCAACUACGUGAGGAUUUUUAAUUAUGAUGGAAAUCAAAAGAUUACUAUAAGAGCCUACAACAUGCUGCCUACAAGAAACCUACUUUAGGGCAAAGGACACACAUGAAUUGAAAGUAAGGGGAUGGAGGAUUAGCUUAAGACAAUGAAGUAGAAGGAUGUGAGCUCACCCUCUUCCUACGAAAACACCAAAAGUCACAACCAACUGGUGAAUGACAUUGACAAAAAAACGCUGGAACUUACUGAAAAAGAUACCCUACAUCCAGAGACAAAGAAACCACAGUGAGACAGUGGGAAGGGUGCAACCGCAAUAAAAUCAAAUCCCAUACCUGAUGAGUGGGUGACCCACAAACUGGAAAACAGUUAUCCCACAGGAGUGAAUGUUUUGAGCCCCAUGUCAGGCUUCCUAGCAUGGGGGUCUGGCAACAGGAGGAGGAGUCCCCAGAGAAUCUGGGUUUGAAGGCCAGCAGGGUUUGAUCAUAGGAUUACCACAGGACUGGGGGAAACAAACUCCACUCUUGGAGGGCACACACAGUCUUGUGUGUACCAGGACUCAGGAAAAAAAGUAGUGACCUACUGUUUUUAGUGACUGGGCCAGACCUACCUGCUAGUAUUGGAGGAUCUCCUGCAGAGUUGGGGGGGCAGCUGUGGCUCACUGAGGGAACAAAGACACUGGCAGCAGCAGUUCUGGGAAGUACUUAUUGGUCUGAGCCCUCCCAGAGGCCACUGUUAGCCCCACCAUACAGCCUGUAGGCUCCACUGCUGGGAUGCCUCAGGCCAACCAACAGGGUGGGAACAGCCCCACCCAUCAGCAGACAAGGGGCUUAUUAAAGUCUCCCUAAGCACAGCCCUACCCAACAGAGGGACAAAACCCAGUCCCACUCACCAAGGGGCAGGAACCAGCCCCUCCCAUCAGGAAGCCUGCACAAACCUCUUAGACAGCCUCAACCACCAGAGGGCAGACAGCAGAAGAACUAAAAUCCUGCAGCCUGUGGAACAGAAACCACAGUCACAGGGAGUUAGUCAAAAUCAGAUGGAAGAGGAAUAUGUCCCAGAUGAAGGAACAAGAUGAAAUCCCAGAAGAACAAAGUGAAGUGAAGAUAGCCAACCUACCGGAAAAGGAAUUCAGAAUAAUAACGGUGAAGAUGAUCCAAGAUCUCGGAAAAAGAAUGGAGGCAAGGAUCAAGAAGGUACAAGAAAUGUUUAACAAAGACCUAGAAGAACAAACAAAGAUGAACAAUAUAAUAACUGAAAUGAAAAAUAUACUAGAUGGAAUCAAUAGCAGAAUAAAUGAGACAGAAGAAUGGAUAAGUUACCUGGAAGACAGAACGGUGGAAAUCACUGCCACAGAGCAGAAUAAAGAAUGAAAAGAAAUUAAGACAGCCAAAGAGACCUCUGGGAAAACAUUAAAGGCACCAACAUUAGCAUUAUAGGGGUCCCAGAAGGAGAAGAGAGAAAGGACCUGAGAAAAUAUUUGAAGAGACAAUAGCUGAAAAAUUCCCUAACAUGGGAAAGAUAACAGUUAUCCAAGUCCAGGAAGCACAGAGAGUCCCAGGCAGUAUGAACCUGAGGAGGAACAUGCCAAGACACAUAGUAAUCAAAUUGACAAAAAUUAAAGAAAAAAAAAACUAUUAAAAGCAACAAGGGAAAAAUGACAAAUAGCAUACAAGGGAGCUCCCGUAAGGUUAUCAGCUGAUUUCUCAGCAGAAACUGCAGGCCAGAAGGGAGUGACACGAUAUAUUUCAAGUGAAGAAAGGGAAGAACCUGCAACCAAGAACAUUCUACCAAGCAAGGCUCUCAUUCAGAUUUGACAGAGAAACUUCUCUAGGCAGGAAAGAGACCAGAAACGUAAAACAACCUUGUACAUAUAUAUAUUGCUAUAUCAAAACCUCGUGGGAACAGCAAACCCCAAAACUACAAUAGAUACACACACGAAAAAGAAAGCAACCCAAACACAACACUAAAGAUGGUUAUCAAACCACAAGAGAACAAAAGAGGAAGGGAAGAAAAAAGACAUAGAAAACCAAAACAAGACAAUGGCAAUAGGAACAUACAUAUCUUUAAUUGCCUUAAAUGUAAAUGGAUUAAAUGCUUGAACCAAAAGACGUAGACUGACUGAAUGGAUACGAAACCAAAACCCAUAUAUAUGCUGUCUACAAGAGACCCACUUCAGCCCUAGGGACACAUACAAACUGAAAGUGAGGGAAUGGAAAAAGGUAUUCCAUGCAAAUGGAAAUCAAAAGAAAGCUGGAGCAGCAAUACUAAUAUCAAACAAAAUAAACUAUGAAAUAAAGACUGUUACAAGAGACAAAGAAGGACAUAAUGAUCAAGGGGUCAAUCCAAAAAGAUAUAACAAUUGUAAAUAUAUAUGCACCCAGUGUAGGAGCACCUCAAUAUAUAAGGCAAAUACUAAAAGCCAUAAAGAGAAAUUAACAGUAACACAGUAAUAGUGGGGAACUUUAACAACCCACUUUCAUCAAUGGACAGAUCAUCCAGACGCAAAAUCAAUAAGGAAACACAGGCCUUAAAUGACACAUGAGACCAGAUGGACUUAAUUGAUACUUAUAGACCAUUCCAUUCAGUAGUAGCAGAAUACACAUUUUUCUCAUGUGCACGUGGAACAUUCUCCAGGAGUGACCACAUGCUGGGCCACAAAGUGAACCUCUGUAAAUUUAAGAAAGUUGAAAUCAUAUCAACCAUCUUUUCAGACCACAAUACUAUGAGAUUAGAAGUCAAUUACAAGAAAAUGUAAUGUAAAAUGUAAAAAACAAACAUGUGGAGGCUAAACAAUGUGCUAUGAACAACCAGUGGAUCGCUGAAGAAAUCAAAGAGGAAAUCAAAAAAUACCUACAGACAAAAGCACAAUGACCCGAAACCUAUGGGAUGCAGCAAAGGCAGUUCUAAGAUGGAAGUUUAUAGCAAUACAGUCUUACCUCAGGAAACAAAAAAAUCACAAACAACCUAACCUUACACCUAAAGCAACUAGAGAAAGAAGAAUAAACAAAACCUGAAGUUAGUAGAAGGAAAGAAAUCAUAAAAGAUCAGAGCAGAAAUAAAUGAAAUAGAAAACAAUAGCAAAGAUCAAUGAAACUAACAGCUGGUUCUUUGAAAAGAUAAACAAAAUUGAUAAACCUUUAGCCAGACUCAUCAAGAAAAAAAGAAGAGGACUCAAAUCAAUAAAAUUAGAAAUGAAAAAGGAGAAGUUACAAUGGACACAGAAAUACAAAGGAUCAUGAGAGACUACUACAAGGAACUGUAUGCCAAUAAAAUGGACAAACUGGAAGAAAUGGACAAAUUCUUAGAAAGGUACAAUCUCCCAAGACUGAAACAGGAAGAAAUGGAAAACAUAAACAGACCAAUCACAAGUCAUGAAAUUGAAACUGUGAUUAAAAAACUCCAAACAAGCGAAAGUCCAGGACCAGAUGGCUUCACAGGCGAAUUCUAUCAAUCAUUUAGAGAGAAGUUAACACCUAUCCUUCUGAAACUGUUCCAGAAGAUUGCAAAGGAAGGAAAACUCUCAAACUCAUUCUGUGAGGCCACCAUCACCCUGAUACCAAAGCCAUACAGAGACCACAAAAAAAAUUACAGACCAGUAUCGCUGAUGAACACAGACACAAAAAUCCUCAACAAAAUAUUAGCAAGCAAAUCCAACAAUACAUUAAAAGGACACACCAUGAGCAAAUGGGAUUUAUCCCAGGGGUGCAAGGAUUUUUCAAUAUCCGCAAAUCAAUCACUGUAAUACACCACAUUAACAAAUUGAAAGGUAAAAACCAUGUGAUCAUCUCAGUAGAUGCAGAAAAAGCUUUUGACAAAAUUCAACACCCAUUUAUGAUAAAAACUCUACAGAAAGUGGGCACAGAGGGAACAUACCUCAACAUACUGAAGGCCAUAUAUGACAAACCCACAGCAAAACAUCAUACUCAACAGUGAAAAGCUGAAAGCAUUUCCUCUAAGAUCAGGAAAAAGACAAGGAUGUCCACUCUCACUGCUUCUAUUCAACAUAGUUUUGGAAGUCCUAUAUACAGCAACCAGAGAAAAAGAAAUAAAAGGAAUCCAAAUUGGAAAAGAACAAGUAAAAAUGUCACUGUUUGUUGAUGACAUGAUACUAUACAUAGAAAACCCUAAAGGCACUACCAGAAAACUACUAGAGCCCAUCAAUGAAUUUGGUAAAUUUGCAGGUUACAAAAUUAAUACACAGAAAUCUGUUGCAUUUCCUUUUUUUUAAUUUUAAAUAGAAGGGUGACUACAAUUGUUUUUUUAUAUAUAUUUAUUUAUUUGGCUGUGUCAGGUCUUAGUUGUGGCACAUGGCAUCUUUCGUUGCAGUGCGUAGUCUUCCCUCUAGUUGUGGUGCGUGGGCUGUUAUGGUGCACAGGCUCUGUAGUUGUGGCAUAUGAGCUCUCAAGUUGUGGCACAUGGGUUAGUUGCCCUGUGGCAUGUGGGAUCUUAGUUCCCCAACCAGGAAUCGAAAUAGUGUCCCCUGCAUUGUAAGACAGAUUCUUUUAUUUUUUUUGUAUGUAUGUAUGUAUUUAUUUAUGGCUGUGUUGGGUCUCUGUUGCUGUGUGCUGGCUUUCUCUAAUUGCGGCGAGCAGGGGCUACUCUUUGUUGUGGUGUGCAGGCUUCUUAUUGCAGUGCCUUCUCUUGUUGCGGAGCACAGGCUCUACGUGCAUGGGCUUCAGUAAUUGUGGCAUGCGGGCUCAGUAGUUGUGGCUUGCGGGCUGUAGCACGCAGGCUCAGUAGCUGUGGUUCAUGGGCUUCAUUGCUCCGCAGCAUGUGGGAUUUCCUGAACCAAGGAUUGAACCUGUGUCCCCUGCAUUGUCAGGCAGAUUCUUAACCACUGCGCCACCAGGGAAGUCCCUAUAUUGCAUUUCUAUACUCUUUUGAAUUUCUGAUCUUUUGUUGUUAAACAAUCCCAUUUACCAUCGCAUCAAAAAGAAUAAAAUACCUAGAAAUAAAACUACCUAAGGAGACAAAAGACCUUUACUCUGAAAACUAUAAGACACUGAUGAAAGAAGUCAAAGAUGAAACAAACAGAUGGGAAGAUAUACCAUGUUCUUGGAUUGGAAGAAUCAAUAUUGUCAAAAUGACCGUUCUACCCAAGGCAAUCUGCAGAUUCAGUGCAAUCCCUAUCAAACUACCAAUGCCUUUUUUCUCAGAACUAGAACAAAAAGUCUUAAAAUUUGUACGGAGGUACAAAAGACCCCGAAUAACCAAAGCAAUCUUAAGAAAAAUGAAGCUGGAAGAAUCAGGCUCCCUGACUUCAGACUCUGCUACAAAGCUACAAUCAUCAAAACAUUUUGGUACUGGCACUAAAACAGACAUAUAGAUCAACAGAACAGGAUAGAAAACCCAGAAAUAAACCCAUGCACCUAUGGUCAAUUAAUCUACUAUAAAGGGGGCAAGACUAUAUGGUGGAGGAAAGACAGUCUCUUCAAUAAAUGCUGCUGGGAAAACUGGACAGCUACAUGUAAAAGAAUGAAAUUAGAGCACUCCCUAACACCAUACACAAAAGUAAACUCAAAAUGGAUUAAAGACCUAAAUGUAAGACCAGACACUAUAAAUCUCUUAGAGGAAAACAUAGGCAGAAAACGCUCUGACAUAAAUCACUGCAAUAUCUUUUUCAGUCUGUCUCCCAGAGUAAUGGAAAUAAAAACAAAAAUAAACAAGUGGGACCUAAUUAAACUCAAAAGCUUUUGCAAAGCAAACCAUAAGCAAAAUGAAAAGACAACCCACAGAAUGGGACCAACAAGGGAUUAGUCUCCAAAAUUUACUAACAGCUCAUAUGGCUUAAUAUCAUCAAAACAAACAACAAUCAAAAAAUGGGCAGAAGACCUAAAUAGACAUUUCUCCAGUGAAGACAAAGAGAUGGCCAAGAGGCACAUGAAAAGAUGUUCAACAUCGCUAAUUAUUACAGAAAUGCAAAUCAAAACUACAAUGAGGUAUCACCUAACACCAGUCAAAAUGGCUAUCAUCAGCAAAUCUACAAACAAAUGCUGGAGAGCAUGUGGAGAAAAGGGAACCCUCUUACACUGUUGGUGGGAAUGUAAAUUGAUACAGCCACUAUGGAGAACAGUAUGGAGGUUCCUCAAGAAACUAUAAAUAGAACUACCAUAGGACCCAGUAAUCCCACUACUGGGCAUAUAUCUGGAGAAAAACAUGGUCUGAAAGAGCACCUGCACCCCAAUGUCCAUUGCAGCACUAUUUACAAUAGCCAAGACAUGGAAACAACCUAAAUGUCCAUCGACAGAUGAAUGGAUAAAGAAGUGUUACAUAUAUACAAUGCAAUAUUACUCAGCCAUAAAAAAUGAAAUAAUGGCAUUUGCAACAACAUGGAUGGACCUAGAGAUUGUCAUACUGAGUGAAGUAAGACAGAAAGACAAAUAUUAUAUUGCUUUUAUGUGGAAUCUAAGAAAAAUGAUACAAAUGAAAGUAAGGGGAUGGAAAAAGUUAUUUCAUGCAAACAAAUGACAAGGAAACGGUUCGCAAUACUCACGUCAGACAAAAUGGACUUUAAAACAAGGCUAUAAAGAAAGAUAAGGAAGGACACUAAUGAUAAAAAGAUCAAUACAAGGAGAGGAUAUUACGCUUGUCAACCUAUAUCCAUCUAAUAUAGGAGCACCCAAAUACAUAAAACAAACACUAACAGAUAUAAAGGGAGAAACUGACAGGAACAGAGUAAUAGUAGGAGGCUUUAGUACCCCACUCAUGUCAGUGGACAGAUCUUCGAGACAAAAUAUCAAUAAAGGAACAGAGACCCUAAAUGAUAUAAUAGAACAUUUAGACUUAGUUGAUAUCUUCAGGAUAUAACAAAAAAAAAAACCCAAAAUACACAUUCUUUUCAAAUGCACACAGAAUAUUCUCUAGGGAUGACCACAUACUGGGGCACAAAACAAGUCUCUACAAAUUUAAGAAUAUAGAAAUUACUUCAAGCGUCUUUUCUGAUCAUAAUGGCAUGAAACUAGAAGUCUACCACAGAAAAAGAAACAAGAAAAAAAAUUACAUGCAGAAUAAACAAUAUGCUACUAAAAACCAAUGGGUCAACAAUGAAAUCAAAGAAGAAAUUAAAUACUUUGAGGCAAAUGACAAGAAAACACAACCAUACAAAACCAGUGGGAUGCAGCAAAAGCAGUUCUUAGAGGGAAGUUCUUAGCGAUACAGGCUUCUUUAAGAAACGAGAGGGGGCAGCUUCAAGAUGGCUAAAGAGUAAGAUGCGGAGAUCACCUACCUCCCCACAGAUACAUCAGAAAUACAUCUGCAUGUGGAACUGCUCCUAUAGAACACCUACUGAACGCUGGCAGAAGACCUCAGACCUCCCAAAAGGCAAGAAACAAGAAAAAUCUCACAUAAACAACUUAACCCACCACCUAAAAGAAUUAGAAAAAGAACAAACAAAACCUAAAGUCAUCAGAAGGAAGGAGAUAGUAAAGAUAAGAGGGGAAAUAAAUAAGAUGGAGAUUUUAAAAAACAAUAGAAAAAAAUCAAUAAGACCAAGAGCUGGUUCUUUGAAAGCGUAAACAAAAUUGACAAACCUCUGUCCAGGCUUACCAAGAAGAAAAGAGAGAAGACCCAAAUAAACAAAAUAAGAAAUGAAAGAGAAGAAAUCACAGCUGAUACCACAGAAAUACAAAAAAAAAUAAGAGAACACUAUGAACAAUUAUAAGCCAACAAACAUGACAACCUAGAAGAAAUGGACAAAUUUUUAGAAACAUACAGCACACCAAAACUGAAUCAAGAAGAAACAGAUAAUUUGAGCAGACCAGUCACUAGAAAUGAAAUAGAAUAUGUAAUAAAAAAAAACCCUCCCUACAAACAAGAGUCCAGGAUCAGAUGGCUUCACUGGGGAAUUGUACCAAACAUGCAAAGAACUUAUACCGAUCUUUCUCAAAGUCUUCCAAAAGAUGUAAGAGAAACGAACACUCCUAAAGACAUUCUAUGAAACCACCAUCACCCUGAUACCAAAACCAGACAAAGACAUAACCAAAAAAGAAAAUUACAGGCCAAUAUGUUUGAUGAAUAUAGACACAAAAAUUCUCAACAAAACAUUAGCAAACCGAAUCCAACAACACAUAAAAAAGGUCAUACACCACAACCAAUUUGGAUUCAUCCCAGAGUCACAAGGAUGGUUCAGCAUAUGCAAAUCAAUCAUUGUGAUAUACCACAUCAACAAAAGAAAGGACAGAAACUACAUGAUUAUCUCAAUAGAUGAAGAAAAAAUCUGAUAACAUUUGAUAAAAUUCAAUGUCCAUUCAUGAUAAAAACCCAUAAGAAAGUGGGUAUAGAGGGAACAUAUCUCAUCAUAAUAAAAGCUACUUAUGACAAACCCAAAGCCAAUAUAAUACUCAACAGUGAAAAGCUGAAAGCCUUCCUGCUGAAAUCUGGAACGUCUUAAGGCCCACUCUCACUUCUCUUCAACAUAGUACUGUAAGUCCUGGCCACAGCAAUCAAACAAGAAAAAUAAAAGGUAUUCAAAUUGGUCGGGAAGCUGUAAAAUUAUAUACAGAUUACAUGAUACUAUAUACAGAAAACGCUAAAGACUCCAGACAAAAACUACUAGGACUGAUAAACAAAUUCAGCGAAGUAGCGGGAUACAAGAUUAACAUACAGAAAUUGGUUGCAUUUCUUUACACUAACAGUGAAAUAUCAGAAAGGGGAUGUAAAUAAACAAUCCCUUUUAAAAUCACAUCAAAAAGUAAAAUAAAAUACUUAGGAAUAAACCUGACGAAGUAGAUGAAAGACAUAUGCUGAGAACUAUAAAACAUUAAUAAAGGAAAUUAAAGAGGAUUCAAAGAAAUGGAAAGAUAUCCCACUCUCUUGGAUUGGAAAAAUUAAUAUUGUUAAAAUGGCAACACUACCCAAAGCAAUCUACAGAUUUAAUGUGAUCCCUAUCAAAUUACCCAUGACAUUUGUCACGGAACUAGAACAGAUAAUCCUGAAAUUUAUAUGGAACCAUUAAAUUGCCAAAUCCAUCCUGAGGAAAAAGAACAAGGCAGGAUGCAUAACCAUCCCAAACUCCAGACAAUACUACAAAGCUACAGUAAUCAAAACAGUGUGGUACUGCCACAAAAACAGACAUACGGAUCAAUGGAACAGAAUAGAAAGCUCAGAAAAAACCCACACACCUAUGGUCAAUUAAUCGACAAAGGAGGCAAGACUAUAAAACAGAAAAAAACACAGUGUCUUCAGCAAAUGGUGCUGGGAAAGUUGGACAGCUGCAUGUAAAUCAAUGAAGUUAGAACACUCCCUCACACCAUGCACAAAAAUAAACUCGAAAUGGCUUAAAGACUUAAACAUCAGACAUGACACCAUAAAACUCCUAGAAGAGAGCACAGGAAAACAUUCUCUGACAUAAAAUAUUACUACAUAAAUUGUAGCAAUAUUUUCUUAGGUCUCCCAAGGCAAUAGAAAUAAAAACAAAAAUAAACAAAUGGGACCUAAUCAAAAUUACAAGCUUUUGCACAGCAAAGGAAAUCAUAAACAAAACAAAAACACAACCUAUGAAAUGGGAGAAAAUAUUUGCAAAUGAUGUGACAGACAAGGGGUUAGUAUCUAAAAUAUACAAAUAGCUCAUAGAACUCAAUAACAAAAAAAACAACCCAAUCGAAAAAUGGGCAGACCUAAAUAGACAUUACUGCAAAGAAGACAUACAGAUGGCCAAUAGGCACAUGAAAAGAUGCUCAAUGUCACUAAUUACAAAACUACAAAGAGGUACCACCUCACAGCAGUCAGAAUGGCCAUCAUUAAAAAGUCUACAAAUAGCAAAUGCUGGAGAGGGUGUGGAGAAAAGGGAACCCUUUUACACUGUUGCUGGCAAUUUAAAUUGGUGCAGCCACUAUGGAAAACAAUAUGGAGGUUCUUCAGAAAACUAAAUAUAGAGUUGCCACGUCCAGCAAUCCCACUCCUGGGCGUAUACCUGGACAAAACUAUAAUUUGAAAAGCUACAUGCACCCCUAUGUUCACAGUAGCACUAUUUACAAUAGCCAAGAUAUGGAAACAACCUAAAUGUUCAUUGACAGAUGAAUGGAUAAAGAAGUUGUGGUAUAUAAAUACAAUGGAAUAUAUUACUUAGCCAUAAAAAAGAAUGAAAUAAUGCCAUUUGCAGCAACAUGGAUGGACCUAGAAAUUAUCAACUAAGCGAAGUCAGAAAGAGAAAGACAAAUACCAUAUGAUAGCACUUAUAUGUGGCAUCUAAAAUACGAUACAAGUCAGGCUUCCCUGGUGGCACAGUGGUUGAGAGUCUGCCUGCCGAUGCAGGGGACACGGGUUCGUGCCCCGGUCCGGGAGGAUCCCACAUGCCGCAGAGAGGCUGGGCCCGUGAGCCAUGGCCGCUAAGCCUGCGCGUCCGGAGCCUGUGCUCCGCAACGGGAGAGGCCACAACAGUGAGAGGCCCACGUACCGCAAAAAUAAAUAAAAUAAAAUACGAUACAAAUCAAAAUAAACAUAUCUACAAAACAGAAACAGACUCACAGAUAAUAGAGAACAGAACUGUCAUUGCCAAGAGGAAGGCGGGGUAAAGGAGAGAAGGGAUGGGAGUUUGCGAUUAGCAGAGGCAAACUAUUUUAUAUAGGAUGGAUAAACAAGGUCCUACUGUAUAGCACAGGGAACUAUAUUCAAUAUUCUGUGACAAACAGUAAUAGAAAAGAAUAUGAAAACUAAUAUAUAUAUGUAUAACUGAGUCAUUUUGCUGUACAGAAGAAAUUAAUACAACAUUGUAAAUACACUAUACUUCAAUAAACUUUUUUAAAGAAAAGAUUCCUAUGUUCUGAAGCUUCAGGGUUUAAUGCAGUAUGCCUUUAAAAUUUUUGGAUAAAGCAUUCGGAGGACUUCAGAUGCUUUCCUUUUUUCUGCAUGUAUAAUUCAACCUUAGAUCAAUUCCCCUUAGGGGGAAAAGCCUCUACUAUUGCUUCUCUCAGCCCCUGAACAUUGCCUUUGAGCUAGCUGAUCCACUUCCUGAUUAUUUGUAGAAGAACCUGAAAGAAAUUCUGGUCAUCUGUUUACCCUGUGAGGGGGGUUUUCCCCGGGUACCAUCUGGCUUGUCUGAUGGCUGCACUGUAAUCACAGGUGGGCAGAAUACCCCUUAGCAGCCAGUCAGGGUCCCUGUGAGUGAGGUUAUAGAUAGCCACUAAUCUUUCUAACUCCUUUAAAUUCGGUAGGACGUUCUGAAAGUGCAGGUAAAAGGUCUUUAUGAUUUAUUGGAUCUGCUCCUAUCCAUGGGACAUGAAUUCUUUGCAGUGGCAGUCCAGGCUACAUACACAAAGGAUGCUGCAUGGCAAGGCCCGAAGGUGGCAGAGCCUGAUUACAGGGCCCUGGAAAGUCAGGGGAGUUGUAAAGGACAGCAGUGCUAGCCUUACCACCCAUCCCAGGUGAUUCUCCUAAAUUCACUUCCUGGCUUUUAGCAUCUACACAAGUAAGCUGUAUACCCCUUGCCUGGAAGUCAGGCCAGUGCUCUCUGUAAAUCUUGUAAGGAAAGGGAAGUUAAAACAGGUAGACAGGGCCAGAUUUUGAGAAGGGGGAUUUACAUGGAAUGUGGACUUUAAUUUUGAGUCUAAUUUCUGUUCUUCCUGUUAAGGGAGUCCCCAAGGCUGGCUGUUGUACUCCUUUGUGUCCUCUUUAUAAUUUUGUCUUUCCAUCGGUUGAUGGAAAGACAGUUGUUGCUGGAAAUGCAGUUGUUUAGCAUGAGAGCUCACUCACUUUCUUUCUCAAAAACAGAAGUUUUUCCAAUUCAAAGGAUCCAUUCUCUGGCCACUGACAAAUAUGGUCUUAUAUUAAUCUUAACGGUGACUCAAACCCAUAAGCCUCUUUAUGGCUUAACCAUGAACACAAGAAGUGUCCCAAAAGAGUGCAAAAGAUGUAGCUUUCACAAGAUCCACAAAGUUUACUCCCAGAAUUAGCCAAAGAAAGCAAAAACCUUCAUUGUCACAGGUAGUAAGAAUGGUAUAGUGAAAACGGAAUUCCCACCAGAAUGCAUGAUUCCUCUAGUCGCAGACCUGCUCAUCUCUGACACUGGGCAGGCGUUACUGGAAUGGGACUUUUCCAGCACUAACAAGACAAUGAAGGUUGAGACAACAAAGUCCCCUUAUGGGCUGGGACACCUUAAGACAAACUUCCGAAGAACUGGCACAGUUGGACAAAAAGAAUGCUGCUUGUUGCACUAUUUACAAUAGCCAGGACAUGGAAGCAACCUAAGUGUCCAUCGACAGAUGAAUGGAUAAAGAAGAUGUGGCACAUAUAUACAAUGGAAUAUUACUCAGCCAUAAAAAGAAAUGAAAUUGAGUUAUUUGUAGUGAGGUGGAUGGACCUGGAGACUGUCAUACCGAGUGAAGUAAGUCAGAAAGAGAAAAAUACCGUAUGCCAGUGCAUAUAUAUGGAAUCUAAAAAAGAAAAAAUGUACUGAUGAACCUAGUGGCAGGGCAGGAAUAAAGACGUAGACAUAGAGAAUGGACUUGAGGACAUGGGGUGGGGAGGGGGAAGCUGGGACGAAGUGAGAGAGCAGCAUGGACAUAUAUACACUUUCGAAUGUAAAAUAGCUAGUGGGAAGCAGCUGCAUAUCACAGGGAGAUCAGCUGGGUGCUUUGUGAACACCU